AUGAACGAGAUUGGUAUAUUAGGCAACAAAUGUCGAAUGACACAGAUAUUUUCGGAGGAGGGGUUAUUGAUACCAGUUACUCCUAUUUGGGUUGGCGAUAAUGUGAUUUCACAGGUGAAAACAAAGGAAAAGGAAGGUUAUAAUGCCUGCCAAGUUGCGUUUGGUGACUGUGCGGAAAAAAAUCUUAAUAAACCGAAAUUAGGACAUUUUAAAAAAAAAAAUGUUUCACCUAAAAGAUAUCUGCGAGAAAUAAGAAACAUGUCGGGAUUUGCUGUCGGUUCUCCAAUUGAUUUAUCCCAUUUUGAAGUAGGAGACGAGGUUGACGUCACAAGAUCUGGGGCUGGCGGACGAGGCACUAAUCAAGGUAUGCCCAAAAAUAAAAAAAUGCCCGGUCGCAUGGGAAACAAAAGAGUUACACAAAAAGCAAGAAUAGCAAAAAAGGACCCGGAAAAACGCAUUAUUUUCCUUCGUGGGGCGGUCCCUGAAAGUGAGCAAUUACAAAAAACCACUGUCCCUUCACUCCAAAAAAUUACUCUAGGGCGAGAGGCCGCCGCAAAGAUAGUAGACUUACUGCGUGGCAAGAAUCGUGUAGAUUUCACUCCCCAUUUAGACUUGGGAAAUUAUGUCGUAUUAAUUAACGCUCGCCAUAUUACUUUUACGGGCAACAAAUUAGACAAAAAAAAUUAUUACAAUCAUUCUGGUUAUUCGGGCGGAUUACGGACCCGAAGCACCCGCUUAAUGCUGGAAAAAUAUCCUACUGAACUAGUUUUUAGGAUUAUUAGAGAGGACCAAGAAAAUUGGGGCAAAAGUAGGGCAAAAAUUUCCAAUCUAGAUAUUAGUGAACAAGACUUAACUGGACCACUCAAAUUAGAAGGAUUUAGCAGCCUAGAAACUUUCGAUUGUUCUCAUAAUAAUCUAAUUAGUUUAAAUUUAACAGGAAAUAACCACUUAAAAGAAAUUAAUUGUUCUGAUAAUAACCUGGCUAGUUUAGCACUUGGCAAUAAUUCAAAUUUGACUCGUUUGGACUGUUCUUUUAAUAAUAUUUUGAAUAUCGAAUUUAUUACUACUUUGAAAUGUCCCGAAAAAUUACUUUAUUUAAAUCUCCGCAAUAAUUUUUUUCGCCCCAGCAAUUUGAACAUAUUUUCGUCUUUUUUGCAAAUAAAAGAACUUUAUUUAGGAACCAGCGAUUUAACGAGAAUAAAUUUGCUUGUUUAUAAUCAAUUUUAUGGUUCUCUAAAACCCUUACAAAACUGCCAGAAUUUAGAAAUUUUAUGUAUUAGCAAUACGGAAGUAAAUUAUGGCUUUGAAUAUUUGCCGAGCAAAAAAUAUGAAAAUUCCCAAGUCUGCCAAGUAAACAAAUUAGGAAAAGAAUUUAAUGUUGCUCUUAAAAUAUUACAAAGAGGAGCGGAAAAACAAGAAAGCAAUUCACAAAAUUUUCAGGAAGAAAAAGAAAAAUUGGUUCAGGAAAUUGCCGAAUUGAAAAAGCAAUUAGAGGACUUGCGAAUUGAGAACGAAAAUUAUAAAGAAGCCAAUACCUUGAUUAGAGAAAAAUAUGAGAAACUGAUGAGUGAAAAUCCCCACUUACUAAAUUCGGAGCAACUGGAAAAUUUCAAAAACCAAAUUACAGAGAAAAAAAUUCAGCAAUUACAAAGUCAAUUAUCCCAGAUAAAAAAUGACCUUGAUAAGUUGGAAAAUCAAACUAAAAAAACUGAAUUUUCAACUCAAAUAACUGAAAUAGAAAAUAAAUUAAAUAAUCCGGUUGGCAAAAAUCAAGGACAAGAAAAAACCGUCCGGCAGUUAGAGCAGGAAAUUAAAGAAAUUAAGGAGAAAUUAGACAGAAAUAAGCCCGACGAUAAUCCGAACAACAAGAGCGAAACAAAAGUGAAGUUUGUUGGCAAGACUUUGAAAGACGAUAAUAGUGGAGAUUUUGAUAAAUAUAAAUUUUUAGAAGAGGAUGCGGUGGGAAGCACGACAAAUAUUUUUUAUGUCAAUAAAAAUCAUCCGAGAAUUAAAGAGUUGUUAAGUCAAAAUAAAUUACAAAAAGAUAAAAAAUUCACCAUUCGCUAUGGAAAAGUGGAUGAAAAAUCUGAUAGUGGUUUUUUGUUUACUUUUAAUGAGUUUAAUCAGGAAUUAGAAAUUAUUGAAAUUAAUAAUUCACCGUCCGAUAACCCCAACCAAAAUGGACCAACGGAAUAUGUUGCUACCAAAAUAAAUGACAAUAUAUUUAAAUAUCAGUUUGUCAUUAGCAGUGUGAGACAAGAAAAAUUAAUAUCAAAAAAUACUCUUGAUAAACCUUUCGAGUUUGUGGUAAUUAAAUCACAGAGUUUAGCCGAUAUUAAUCAAGAUUAUUCCAGUUUUCAAAAGCAUUUUGAUAAAAGCAGUAACAUUAAUGUAGUAAGUUUUCCUAGUCCCAGUGAAGUUGCUAAUAAGUUAAUAGAAGAAUUAGAAAAGGAUGCUGAUUCUCCCCGUUGGUUAAAUACUGAAGGCGAUAAGUCAGUAAUUUGCCGCUAUGGUAAUACUACCGUUUUGACCAUUUUGACAAUUAAAAAAUUAGCCAAAAAAGUUAAUUCUUUUUUUCCCCUCACUAUCACUUUUGAGGAGAAAUUUUAUGCGGUGGGGCGGAUUCCGAACGUUUUUGGCAAGCGAGAAGGCAAACCUAGUUAUGAUGCCAUUACGGCUGCUCGCUUAAUUGACCGCUCACUCCGCAGUUUUUUUCCUUUUCCCAGCCAGCAGGAAGUUCAAAUAACUAAUUCGGUUCUCUCUUUUGACCCGGACUGCGAUCCCCUCAGUUAUCUUUGCCCCAACCUGCCUUUUUUUGCUACUCCUCUGGCAGCCGUGAUUGUCGGACAAGAAGAAAAAAAUCUUAUUAGCAACCCCAGCCGGGAAAAAUUAGAUAAUUCACCUUUAGAGUUAAUUGUUAGUGCUACGGAGGAAAAAAUUACCAUGCUGGAAGCAGGAGUCCGGGAAAUAGAUGAAGCAGAAUUGACCCAAGCCAUUACUUUCGCUCACCAAGAAAUUCAAGUAUUAAUCGGUUUUUUUCAACAUAUUGCUAACAGUCUAGGUGUAAAAAAAGAACCAAAAACGACCCCACCAGAAAAAAAAGCCAAAAAAGAAAAAAAAAUGAAAGAAGUUCGCCAAAAAUUAACCCAAGAGUAUUACGUCCAAAAUCCUCAAUUAGAGGAAGAAUUUGUGAAAGACUUAGUGGAAGAAUUUUGA